GUGUAGGAACAAAGGUAGUGCCCAAGUCAGUGGUACGCCGGCAGCUCCAAGAGUAGGUAACGCGCGUACCGAGCGCGUAUGAAAAGAGUUGCAUAGUCCAAGCGCGUGCGCCACAAAACGAAAAAAAAACGUUUCUCUGCUGUGUGCAAUAAUAUUGUGAAAAAUUCGCGCGAUGCAUUUAUUUAAUUGAAAUUAGCGUAUAUUAAAAAAACGGGUAAACAAAUAUGCCAACUAAAUGCGUUUGUGCAGUGACAAAGUAAUUGAAAGCAACAAAAGGAAAUGUGAAAAAUUUCCAUUGGCCGAGCCGAAGCGACGCUCAGCAUCAGCAUCAAACGAAGCAUCCUUCCACGUCAAUUGUCAAAUAAAUGGCAAAGCCACGCAGAAAACGCUUCCGUUCGAGGUGCAACCAGAAAGCAGUGAAAGCUCAGGUGGCGCACUAUAAUAAUGGCUGCAGUAGUUAAUCGUGCCACAAGCAACAACAACAGCAACAGCAGCAGCAACAGCAACAACAACGGCAGCAGAAGCAGCAGCAGCAGCAGCAGCAACAUGCCUAAACGUUAUUUAGGCAUUCUCUUCUUUUGCUGCUUUCUGUUUAUUUGGCGAACUAUCACAGAUGAGCCGCCGCCAGCCGCAACAGCAACAUCAACAUCCCAGCAGCAACAGCAAUCGAGUGCCAAUGGCAGUAAACCAAACCAAAUAAUACACGACCCUAGUCGCACUCAGCCACUUAGUAGCAACCUUAGUAGUUAUUCUAAUUAUUAUUAUUAUAGCCCUAGCCUAGUUAGUGUAGAUAAUGCGGCGACGCCCGCACCAAUGGCCACAGCAGCCACAUCAUUCCAGCCGUCGCAUCAACCACUGGAUGCCAGCCAGCUGAUCGAUCUGCACCACUUUGGCUAUCUGAUGGAGCAGCCGGCCUGUGAAUCGCAUAUUCUGGCGCUGAUCCUGGUGCAUACGGCGCCAAGGAAUGCCGAGAAACGUUUGCUCAUACGGCAAACCUGGGGAGGAUCGGGCCUUACAGCUGCGUCAUCGCCGCUGCGCGUUGUCUUCCUAUUGGGAGCCGUGCCCCAGGCGGAGCCACAGCUGCAGCACACACUGGAGCAGGAGAACGCCAGAUUUGGAGAUAUGGUGCAGGGCAACUUCCAGGAUGCCUACCGCAACAUGACCUACAAGCAUGUGAUGGCGCUCAAGUGGUUCAACAGCCACUGUUCGCAUGCCCAGCUGCUCAUCAAGGUGGACGACGAUGUCUAUGUGAAUACGCCGCAGCUGCACAAACUGCUACGCGAGCAGCAACAGCAACCCGCACCGUUGCAUCCGCAACAGCAGCCCAACUUGAAUCGAACGCUGUCGCUGCGGUCGCUGCUGCAGCAACCGCACGAGCUGCUCUUUUGCAAGCCUGUGCUCAAGUCACGUGUGAAGCGCUCCUAUCGAUCAAAGUGGCGCGUCAGCUUUCGAGAAUAUCCCGCCCAUUAUUAUCCGCCGUAUUGUCCGGGCUUUGCGAUCGUCUAUUCGCCGGAUGUGGUGCAGCGUCUCUACCAGGCAGCGCAGCGCAGCAACUACUUCUGGGUGGACGAUGUGCAUAUAACUGGCGUCCUGGCACAGCGUACAAACACAACGAUAACCACUCUGCAGCCAUAUGUGCUCUAUGAGACGGACUGUGAGCGCUUGCUGAGCGGCGAGGGCGACUUGAGGCAGCUGGAGUUUCUGUUCACGUGGCACAGCAUCUCACCGGAGCAGGUGAACAGCUUGUGGCAGUUGCAUGUGGCACAGAACUAUACAAAUAUGCAGCUGGAUGCAGAUGUCGGCCCGGAGACGGGCUUAAGCUAGCUUUAAAUAUAUAAGGAGAAUUUUUUUGGCUGUUUUUAAUUCUCUUUACAUUGUAUUCAGGGUUCGUUUCCCUCUCUCUCUCUAGAUAUAUACUUAAGUUGUUAAUCUAGACCUUAGUGUUUAGUUUAUUAGUUAUUUAACUUAGUUAGCAUUUGAUAGUUGAUGAUGAUGAUGAAGAGGAGGACGAGGAGGAAUAUGAGAAGAAGUUGAUAAACAUUGCAAGUCAAGUGAACCACCAACCACCUGCCUACAAUCAUUCGUAUAUAUCAUAUUUGAUAGCAUAUAUAACUGAAGCAUAACGAUAAAGCUACCGAUAAGUCAUAUAUAAAGUUAAAGCCUCUCUGGGUGAUAAAUACAAACAACACACACAUACACAUGCACAUACAUACAUACACACAUACAAACAUUCGCAUAUGCACAAAUCUUAAGAAAAACAACGCAAAAGAAACAAAUUUUAUUUCGAAUAGAAAUGAGAAAUAAUUGCAAGUCAUGACAAAACGGCAAAUGUUUGGCGUACUUAGUAAAUCAAAUGAAAAUUUACCAAUAAUGUAUUUUUUGUAUUCGUCUAUAGCAAAAAUAAAACUAU